AUGCAGAGCAGAGGGAAAUUCAGAUGUAUCGGCGAUCGAGCAUCUUAUGGGGCAUCGAGGAAAAGAGCCAGUUUCCAAGGCACAGCGAGGGGGCUAGCUCGUCUGCGCUGGGCCCGACCAUCGCAAGCUAAAACCGCCCUGUCGCCCCUGUCCAUUGCGACAUUGGACAUUCUAGCGCCGACAGCCAUGCCAACGGCUGCGAGACGCUCCUUGCACCCGCUCGACGCCUCCGCGCAUCACGCCGGCCGUGCGUACGUGUGGUGGUGCGUGGGUGAGGGAGAGAGGACGAGUGAGACGAGUGAGGGCUUGUGUGUGUGUCUACAAAAGAACGGCACCCAUAUCCGAGAGGCUUUGGAUGUUGAUGAUCGUCGAGCGGAGCGGCGUAUGAGUGCAGGUGCUGGAGGGCAGAGGGUGCUAGAGCAUGUCGAAAAGGGUAGGUGGGGAGAGGGGGAGUGGCCGUGGGAGCAUCAUGGUUCGCCGGAAACAGUGAUUGUCGCGGCCCAGACCUCGAGUAUUUGCCUCGCCUGCCCAUCUCUCCCUCUCUUGCCUCGCCUGCCCGCCGCCAGACCGCCAGUUCGUCACGCAGGGAACGUCACCCGCCAAUCCAAAAUGCCCCCCCUCGUCGUCCCCUCCCCCACCCAUCCCUGCCGCCACCGCUGCUGCUCUUCGGCCCGCUCUCAUCUUGCUGCACAUCCUCGCCCUGCUCCCCUAGCCCCCCUAGCCCCCAAGCACCCAGGCCGGCCUGCCUGUUUGCCUGCCUGCCUGCCUGCCUGCACCUCGACAGUGCAUACAUGCUUAGUACACAAGUACACAAGUACACAUACAUGUACAUGUACAUACUACUUGCAUGUGCAUGGCUCGUCUCCAGGCCCUCCAGCCCCAACUGCCCGGCUCGUGUGCGUAGCCCGCUUGCGACGGUAG